AUGGAGCCCAACGCCAGUCUAUCACCGAUGCCGCCGGCCCAACCAAUUCACGGCUCACCAUCAGCAGGACCGAGAAAACGUUCUAUCCAUGAAGUUGAUGAUGCGGCGACCCCUUCUCCAAAGCCGAAGCGUACAUUGACUGAAUAUACUGCCGAGAAUCAGGAGAACCGUGAUCCUUCGCUGCCUUCACAAUCGGAUGAGGUUCUUCCUCCGACGGAUAAUUUCAGGAAUUCGUUCCAACGGCCGACAGUUGAGAUUGUUGUGAGGAAGUCUUCUAGUGGUCAGAACUCUCCGAAGACCGCCUCGAACCCGGAGCUAGAUACUCCGACUUCUAAGAAACGAAAGGCGACGACGGCUACCAAAGAUGCUAAACAGCAAGAAAAGGAUGUGAAGGAGCGCCAGAAACAGGAGGAGAAGGCGAAGAAGGAAGAAGAGAAGGCCAAGAGGGAAGAGGAAAAGGCCAAGAAAGAAGAAGAGAAGCGAUUGAAGGCUGAAGAGAAAAAGAAGCGCGACGCCGAGCGUGACGAAGAAAAGCGGAAGCGGGAAGCUGAACGAGAGGAAGAGAAGAAACAGCGAGAAGAAAAGAAGAAGGCCAAGGAGGAUGAAAAGGCUGCUAAAGAGGCUGCCAAAGAAGAGGAGAAACGCAAGAAGGACGAGGAGAAGGAGAAGAAGGCGCGAUCACAAAUGAGGUUGAACUCUUUCUUCGCCAAACCUCCGGCCGACUCCGCUUCUUUGGGGCAGAGCAAAACUACUGUUUCGCCCGGGAAACCUUUAGCUUCGACUGAUAUCAUUCAUGAAACGCCCCCGGUCCAGAAAUCGGACUAUGAGCGGGCAUUUCCCGCCUUCUUCUUACAGUCACAUACAACUGUUGCACCCUCCCAUCGCUUUGAGCGUGACUGUGGAUCACUAGAGCACGUACGCCAAACCAUUGAUGCGUGUCUGAAUGCUGAUACCUCCGCACAACCACGACCCUUCCGCCCCUCUGAGGUUUUUCAUAUGAUUCCAUUCCAUCGUAAGAGAGAUCGAGCGGCCGCGUCCGUGAAAGAUAUCCUUUUACAGCUACAAAAAGCCGAGGAAGAUUCAACGCAUCUCCCCCAGAAUCAGAGCAGUGGGACUUGUACGAAACCAGAAGAUCUUUUGCGCAGAGUACCUAUGAAGUCACUGAAGUUCGGCGAGGAUAUACGCCCUCCCUAUCAGGGAACAUAUACUCGUCGUGUGUCCGCGUCAUCUGCCAAAAGACUUUCACGAAACCCAUACUAUCGAGGCCUGCCGGAUACAGAUUACGAUUAUGACUCGGAAGCGGAGUGGGAAGAGCCCGAAGAGGGCGAAGAGCUGGACUCAGAAGAAGAAGAAGAAGGCAGUGACGACGGCGACGAUGACCUCGACGGUUUCCUCGAUGAUGAAGACGAUGCUCCUGCUGACGGCAAGCGUCGCUUAAUUGUCGGUGACCUCGAACCUGUUUGCAGUGGGAUUCAGUGGGCUGCCAAUGGAGUUGAUCCCGAGCUCCAGGUAUAUCAGAUUCAAACCAUCUCCGACGCGGUCAAGUUCCCCAUCGAUCCUUUUUCAACUGCCUACUGGGAAAAGUCCAAGCAAGCACCGGCUGCAAAGCGAACUGCCGUGCCUGGCGCUUCUGGUCGUCCCACAGGACUGGAUGUUUUCCGUGUUCCCGCCGUCCCUGGUGGACCAGCGGGCACUGCUCUACCCCCAAAUUCAAAGGCCAAGCGACCAUUCCCGCCAGAGCAACUUGGUGAAUUUAAAGAGGCUGUUGAAGGAAACGAUCUCAGCAAAAUCGGGUUAGUCGAGAUCUUAAAGAAACGAUUCCCCAAGGUAUCUAAAGAGACUUUGAAGGCCACCCUUGACCUAGUCGCUGUUCGCGUGGGAGAGCGGGAGGCCGACAAGAAAUGGGUAUGUCGGUGA